AGAAGUCGACCCCACACAUAACAUCACGCCUGCCUGAUACCCCAUCCAGCAGUGCAUCACCCCUGCCUUAUUAGGCAGGGAGCUACAUGUCCGGGCAGAGGGGUUUCCCCGAGGCCCGCUCCGUGCCCCCCCCUAAGGGGGUACGACGACCCCACGACGCUGCAAAUUCAGUUCGAGACAGCGAGCCGACGAGUCAAGACCUCUCCAGAAGAAGAGGAGAGAGCCGUCGAAGAAGAAGAGACUCGCUCCUACGCCCUGCGCCGGUCAAGCCACGAGGACCGUGUGAACGCCAUACUUGAAGCCUUCGUUAUUUUCCUCGAACCAAUCCCAGCACCCGUUCCGCGACAGCCACUGCGGCAAUACUCGAGCCACCACGUUUCAACGAGAGUAAGAAGUCUAAAAAUCACACGUGGUGGCCGAAACCUGAGCGGUGGCCGUCCGGAAUAUUGGUCCUUCGAGCCGGAUUCAUUUGAGGAAGAUCGAAGAAAAUUGAAGAUUGAAGAUUGAAGAAAUGGUGCUCACACGGCCCGAGAAGAUGAGGUCGUCACGCCUUGACCGGCCCGGCAACGAAGCUGUCUCGGGCUCAACAUCACAAGACGCACAGCAACGAGCUGUGUCGGCCGCGCCGCGUUCGGGAGUGACGCAGGGACCGCCACCGUUGGCGGCAACCUCCUCCCAGUCAACCGCGCCGCGUUCGGGAGUGACGCAGGGACCGCCACCGAUGGCGGCACCCUCCUCCCGAGUGGAAAAGUGUCCGGGAGUGCCGCGGGGCUCACAAGCGAUGCCCCCCUCCCGCCAAAUAUUGCCUACGCAAUACUCGCCGGCGUCGCCAACGGGACCGAACAGCGGGGUCUGUCGUCGAGUGGUCAGACCUCCCAGCACCGCGACACCGGCAACAACUUCAGGCGACGCAGCAACGGAGAGCGUCGUAUCCGCGAGCCAGAACAGGAAAGAGUCAGCGCUCACGGCCAAUCCAAUUGUACACGGGUCCCACAUCACGGACGCCGCUGCCAAAAUCUCGACGACAGAAGAAGGCUCCACACUCCGCGACGGGAUGGCGCCACCAGUACGAGGAUCUUCAAGAAAGUCGAGUCAACAGUCACAACGGCUGUUGCUUAUGGCGCGCCUCAAAGAAGAGCAUCUUCGCGCCAAAGAAGAACAAGCCCGACUCCAAGCAGAGCUCGCCGCCGCCCGCAUCUCAACAUUAGAAGCCGAAGCGCUCGUUGAAGAGGAGGAAGAUGCGCGCACAACACUCACGGAGGACGAGAACGAGCAAUCACAGCGCAUCGACACAUGGCUCAGUCAGCAACGAUCGAUCGCGCUACAGGGAGUCGAAGAAAGAGUAAUGCAGCCAACACACGGAUCACCAGCCACCAUCGAGCAACCGCAACUGGAACUUCCCGCACCAAUAGAACAGCUGAAGCUACCGGCCCCUGCCGCGGCACCGAUUGCCGCACCUGUCGCACCGAAGAGCGACAUCGCCGAACUAGCAGCUGCCAUCGCGACGGCCGCCCGCCAAGCCAGGCCCGGACCAUCGCAUCGGUACUACGGGGAGCUUCCAGUGUACAGUGGAUCGCACCAGGAAUGGCUCUCCUUCAAGGUCGCCUACGCCGAAUCAGCGGACAGCUUCAGCGCCGCAGAGAACACUGCGAGACUUCGGCGUACGUUAAGAGGAAGAGCAAGAGAAGCGGUCGAAAACUUGUUGCUGCAUUACACCGAGCCCGCCGAGAUCAUGCGGACUCUAGAAUCGCGCUUCGGACGUCCAGAAGCAAUCGCCGCAACGGAGCUGGAACGACUGCGCGCGCUGCCACGCUGCACGGACACACCGAGGGACAUCUGCGUAUUCGCGAACAAGGUGAACAACGUCGUCGCCGCUCUGAGGGCCCUCGACCGCGUACAUUAUAUGUACAACCCGGAGCUCACCAACAUCACAUCAGAGAAGCUGCCGUCCACUCUACGCCACCGCUGGUUCGAAUUCUCGGCAACUCAACCGGCGGGAGAACCGGACCUCGUCAAGCUGUCGCGCUUCUUACAGCGCGAGGCGGACCUGUGCAGCCCAUACGCACAGCCGGAACCAGAGACGAGAGUGGAGAACACCAGCGGUCGGCGGAAGAUGGUGAACACGCCUCAGAGGACGCACACCACGCAAGCGAAGGAAGAGAGGAAAUGCGCAGCAUGUCAGAAGCCGGGGCACAUCCCACAAGAUUGUCCCGAAUUCAAGAGAGCAGCCGUCAGCGAGCGCUGGGAUACGGCGAAGCGCGAGAAUUUGUGUUUCCGGUGCCUACGGUUCCGGUCUCGGGGACACGUAUGCAAAAAGAAGAAGUGCGGCGUCGACAGCUGUGAACGCACGCACCACGAGCUGUUGCAUAAGAAGCCAGCAUGGCAGAAGCCGAAAGAAAAAGAAGAGGCGGUCACCUCGACGUGGGCCGCAAGAAGUGCGACAGCCUACCUGAAGAUGGCGCCAAUUACUGUUAUCGGACCGGCGGGAGAAGCAGAUACAUGGGCCCUGCUGGACGACGGGUCGACGAUCUCGCUGAUUGACGAAGACUUCGCGAGACGAGUGGGCGCCAAAGGACCGAUUGAACCCCUCUUCAUCACUGCCAUCGGAGACAAUAAGAUAGACGCAACACGCUCACGACGCGUCCCGCUGAAGCUAUGCGGACGCACGGGGGAACCGCAAGAACUGAACCUACGGACAGUCAACGGCUUAAAAUUAACACCACAGCGACUGAACAUCGAAGUCCUCGCGUCGUGCCAUCACCUCACCGACCUCCGGCAUCACUUCAAAACGAGCUACGCCUCGCCGAAGAUACUGAUCGGCCAAGACAACUGGCACCUGCUGGUGACGGAGGAGAUGCGGACGGGACGACGCGAUCAACCAGUGGCGUCUCGUACUCCGCUCGGGUGGGUCGUGCACGGAGCACACCCGGGAGGCAAGAGACAGCGCGUCAACUUCGUGGCACAUGCGACGACGGUCGACACGAACGUGGACGAAGCCCUCAAGCACUACGUCGCGAUUGAGGGACUCACCGUCGCCGCAAAGACGCCGAAGAACGAUCCGGACGAGCGCGCGCUGAAGAUCCUGCGAGAGACCACUCAACAGCGACCCGACGGCCGCUACGAGACCGCACUGCUGUGGCGUGAGGAGAGCCUGAGAAUGCCCAACAAUUUUGAAGCCGCAAUAAAUCGCCUGACGUCCGUAGAAAAGAAACUGGAGAAGGAUCCAAAUUUGAAAGAGCGCUACAAGCGACAAAUGGACGCACUAGUAGCGAAAGGAUACGCCGAAGUAGCUCCGUCAACGGGGACGAAGGACCGAACCUGGUACCUGCCACACUUCGGCGUAACACAACCAAUGAAGCAGGAGAAGCUUCGCAUCGCGCACAACGCCGCUGCGAAAACUAGAGGGAAGAAGCCCGAACGACUUCCUGCUCACCGACCCGGACCUGCUGCAGUCGCUGCCCGGAGCGAUGAUGCACUUCAGGCAGCACGCCGUUGCCGUCUCCGCGGACAUCGCGGAGAUGUUCAUCCGGAUAGGCGUCCGAAGCGAGGACCGCGAUGCGCUCCGGUACUUGUGGAGGGAGGACCCUUCACGAGAGCCCACAGAAUACCGGACGAGGUCCAUCGUCUUCGGCGCGACAAGGUCACCUGCAACCGCCAUCUAAGUGAAGAACCGACUGCAGUACCCGGACGCCGCCGACCUCAAGCUCCACACGUACGUGGACACCAGCAAGUUCGCCCACGCCGCCGCGUUGUACUGGCGCGUGGAGACGCCCGACGGGGAGAUGAGGACCUCCCUCGCCAAAGCCCGAGUCGCACCCAUGAAGCCAACAUCGGUACCGCGCCUCGAGCUACAAGCCGACGUGAUGGGAAGCCGCAUAGCCGCGGCCGUCACGGGAAAACACUAUAGAAAGCCAGACAGACACGAGUGCUCUGGACCGACAGCGCCACCAUAGAAGAAAACAGCACUGUGGAGGAAUGGCGCUGGGUCCCCACAAGAGAGAAUGUCGCCGACGACGCCACAAGAGGAAUACCCGUCGGCUUUGAAAGAAACCACCGCUGGUUCAUAGGCCCGGAAUACCUAAGACGGCAUCCGGAUGAUUGGCUCGUACAACGGACUGCAAGAAGGGCAGAAGAGACGGGUGAAGAGAAGUGCGCAACGCUCGCCGUGAGCAGAGAGAGCCUCGGCGAAGCGAUCCCGGACCCAAGACGCUUCUCCAAGUGGGAGAAGUACCUGCGUGCAACGGGGCGAAUACUACAAUUCGUCAGCCUAUGCCGCAGGAGUCGCGAGCGCACUCAUUACAAGAGGACCAGGCGGAACCCGCGUUCGGACCCGACGUGGGAGAAGAAUAGAAAGAAGACGACUUCGAAGACCCCGCUGAACACACCGCGGACGCCAGAGCAAGCAGUCAUCCAAUGGAAGACUUUAGACGCCGACACGCUUCGACGCGCCGAGACGCUCAUUUGGCGACAGAGCCAGCGGGCGGCCUUCGAGGAAGAGAUUUUGACGCUCCAGCGAGGGAAACAAAUAUCCCCAGCGAGCCGACUGCGAAACUUGUCCGUAACUUACGCGGACGGGAUAUUGAAAAUUAACGGACGCAUCGGCAACAUAGAGGGAGCUGACGUCAUCACCUCGCCUCUCGUGCUAGACGGAUCCCGACGCGAAACGAGACUGAUGAUAGACUUCAUCCAUAGAAAGAUGCACCACGCCGGAACCGAAGCUACGAUCGCCGAGUGCCGACAGUCGUACUGGUCUUACGCCUACGCCCAGUGACACGGAGCGUGAUCCACAACUGUCUUCCGUGUCGUAUCCGCAAGGACACUCCACCGCGUCCAGCCACAGGCGACCACCCACCGAGCAGACUGGCACACCAUCGGCGACCAUUUACAUACGUGGGCCUCGAUUACUUCGGGCCCUAUCAAGUUACCACCGGCAGAAGCACCCAGAAGCGCUACGUGGCCAUCUUCACAUGUCUCACUGCGCGUGCGGUACACUUAGAACCGGCAGCGAGCCUCAGCACGGACUCAGCGGUGAUGGCACUCCGGCGCAUGAUCGCGCGCCGGGGAGCCCCGACGGAGAUAUGGAGCGACAACGGCACCAAUUUACGAGGUGCCGACAAGGAGCUGCGCCAAGCUAUGGACAAGGCGACUGAGCAUGAAGCGAGCUUAAGACUUAUCCAAUGGCGCUUCAUCCCACCGGGCGCGCCUUUCAUGGGCGGCGCCUGGGAAAGAAUGGUGCGGGCGGUAAAGGCCGCGCUCUCGGCCACGGAACAGCCGAGGCACCCGACGCCCGAAAUAUUUCACACUCUGCUAGCGGAGGCAGAGUUCACAGUGAACAGCCGACCUCUCACUCACGUAUCGGUGAGCGCCGACGAUCCCGACCCUCUAACACCGAACCACUUCCUGCUGGGAGGCCCGGCGCGAGUCCCCGUGCCGGGCAAGUUUGACGACGCCGACCUCAUAGGGCGCGCACACUGGCGCGCAGCUCAACGUCUGGCAGAUGUGUUCUGGAGUCGCUGGCUCCGGGAGUACCUGCCCGACCUGCAGAACCGGCGGGAGCCCCACAGCCGCGGGCCCGCCCUGAAGAUAGGCGACGUCGUGAUAAUAGCAGACGGAACGCUCCCACGGAACACCUGGCCACGAGGGAUCAUCCAGGAGGUUUACCCGGGGGCCGACGGCAUCACUCGAGUGGUCGACGUGCGCACCGCCGGCGGUAUCCUGCGACGCCCGGCAAAGAAGAUCAUCGUGCUGCCCACGAUGUCCGCCGCUCACCAGGGAGGAUGCAGCGACGUGAACGACGCUGCACGGCGGGAGGAUGUUCGCGACGGACAUGAAUAAAUGUAGAAUAGAUAUUAUUCGCGACGGACAUUGAUAGUUUAAAAAUAGAUAGGAAAUAUAGUAAUAGUUAAAUAGAGAUAUGUUCGCAAAGUACAGCGAGAUUUAAUAGAAAUAGACAAUGUCCGUAAAUAGACUGUGUUAGAAAAUAGUUAAAAUAGAGAAUAAAUAGUUAUAAAUGUCCGUAAAUAGAUAGUAUGUGAAAAAUAGCUGUGAAAUAAAUAGAGAGAAUGUAAAUAGAAAUAAGUAAUUUGUAAAUAUUUUGUUUGAAAAUAAAGAUUGGUCCUCGUGGUCUUUAAUUUGGCGUGGGAACGCAGGAGCGAGUCACAAUACGGGCAACUAAUAGAGCGACUAGGCAAACAAUAGGCGAGCGAGGCGGCCGAGAGAACAAUAGACGCCCACCGUGCUCGGACUCAUAAUAGCGCUGGCCGAGUGCGUGUGGGCGACCAUAAAUAAGGGGCCUACCUCGCUGCAAAUUCAGUUCGAGACAGCGAGCCGACGAGUCAAGACCUCUCCAGAAGAAGAGGAGAGAGCCGUCGAAGAAGAAGAGACUCGCUCCUACGCCCUGCGCCGGUCAAGCCACGAGGACCGUGUGAACGCCAUACUUGAAGCCUUCGUUAUUUUCCUCGAACCAAUCCCAGCACCCGUUCCGCGACAGCCACUGCGGCAAUACUCGAGCCACCACGUUUCAACGAGAGUAAGAAGUCUAAAAAUCACACGUGGUGGCCGAAACCUGAGCGGUGGCCGUCCGGAAUAACUACUUUGUGCUACACUGUACUAUACCACAACGUGUGCAUACUAAUUGAAUGCUUGAUGUGUUCAUGUAUGGUGAAGGUUCAGGAAUGUGUUCAGAGGGCCAGGGCUUGGGCGAGAUCCGUCUCCCUGGCCCCCGCUCGACGGCGGCGAGAUUAUGCGUCUCUCACGCGCCCCGCCGCGCCGCCUCCUUCUGCGAGAUGGUGUCGCAGAAGUCGAGCAUCGCCUUCCACGACUCAUCGUCGCCGAGCAUCGAUGCCACAACAGAAUGACGUAAACUCUAUUUAAAUAGAUGUCAUUAAGAAUAAAAGACAGUUCAUUCACCUCGAAUGACUUACGUGACACUUCAUGAAAUUGAAUCACUAAUUAUCUCGUAUUAUUAAUAUGGGCUACGAAUAUUUCAACUAGUUAAACCUAGCGGUGGCCGUGAUAUUUGUAUAUAAUUUAAAAAAAGGCCGUAUUAGUAAAUAAAUAUUAAGAUGCUCUA